AUGAAAAUUUCUCUUUAAGAUUUUGGAUUUCAUCAACCUAAUGCUCCUGAAGUGAAUACACCAAGAUCAUUAGAAGCAUGUAGAAGAGAAGGAAUUCUUCCUAAUGAAUUAGUUAAAACAUCAUUUGAAGAUUUUCAAAAAAAAUAUAAAUUAUCAAACUUGGAUGCUAAAGGAAUUGAAACUUAUUAUAAACAUUUUGAAGAUAAAAGAGAAUAAAAAUUUAAAGAUGUUAUUAAAUAAAGACAUAUAGUAAUAGAAGAUGAGAAGCAAGGUUGUUUUAUAUUACAAUUUGACUAGGACUAUGGAAUCCUGAUGGAUUAGCAAAAAGCAAGAUGGUUUCUAAAUAUUCUUAAUAAGAUGUAUCAUCUUUGAUUGAAAAAGAAAAAUAAUAAAUUGAAAAAAUUAAGAAAAAAUAGUAAAAAGAAAUUGAAUCAAUGUUAGAAUAUGAAUUGAAGAUGUAAGAAAUAAGAGAAUAAAAUGAGAAAAAAUUAUAAGAUGAAAAAAUAAAAUAAAAAUAAAGAGAAUUAGAAUUAGAAAGAAAAAAAGAAUAAUAAGAAGAAAUAAAAAAACAAAAAGAAAUAUAAAAAUAAUAAAAAAGAGAAUAAGAAGAAUAAGCAUUAAAAGAAAGAAUGAAAUUAUUAGAAUUAAAAGAAUAAGAAAGAUUAAAAUAAGAAGAAUUAAAACUUAGAUUAAAAGAAGAAGAGAACCUAAAGAAAGAAUAAGAAAAAAAGGCAUAAUAAGAAAAAUUGAGAAUGAUAAAUGAAGAAAAUAUAAGAUUAUAAUUAGAAGCAUUAGAAAAAAGAAAAAAAGAUAUGAAUGAUAAAGCAGAAUAAAGAAAGAAAAUGAUGGAGGAUUAAAAAGAGAAGAAAAAAUAAGAAGCAGAAUAAGCUAGAAUAUAAAAUGAAACUAGAAUAAGAUUAGCUAAAGAAAGAAAUGAUAUAGAAAUUUUAAGAGUUAAAUAAGAUGUAGAAAAAAAAUUAUAAAUAAGUGAAUAAAAAAGAUUAUAAUUUGAAGAAGAAAAAAAGAAAAAAUUAGAAUAAUAAAAAUUAGAAGCAGAAUUACAUUCAGAAAUGAUAAAAAAAGUAAUUGAAUAAAAUGAACAAUUAGAAUUAGAAAGAAAAAAAUAAUAUUUAAAAAAAAUUGAUGAGGCUGAAGAAAGAAGAACAUUAUUAGAAAAAGAAUUAGAGAAAGAGAAAGAAAAAAGAAGAUAAGAAGAACAUGAAAGAGAAUAAUAAAGACAUUAAGUAUUAUUACAAAAUGAAUAAAGAUAAAAAGAUAAAAUUGAAGAAUUUUUAAGAAAAUUUUAAGAAAAAGAUGAAAAUUUAUCUAAAAUAUAACUUGAAAGGUCUAUAUCAUUAACUGAUAAAAGAAAUCAUGAAACAUUAAAAAGGAUUGAUAAAAAAGAUAAUGUUGAAAGAAUAAUGAAGAAAUAAGAAUAUGAUAGAAUGAAAUUAUAGGAGAAAUUAAAUGAGAAAAUGGAAAGAGCAGAUAAAAUCUAAGAGGACUUAAAUUAAUUAUUAUAAUAAAGAUAAAAUAUGAGAAAAGAAAUAGAUAAAUAAAAAAGAGAUCUUCUUCUUAAAUUAGAAAAAAUUAAGGAAGGAAAAGUUCCUGCUAAUGAUAUAUAGAAAUAAUUUGGAAUAUAAUCAUCAGUUCUCUUAGAAAAGUAACAUUAAAUUCCAAGAAGAACACAAUCUUAAUCAAUUAGUUAAGAUAAUUUAAAUUAAACAAAAAUUGAAAAACCUAAUAAAACUAUUAGAAUUUCUAGACUCUCAGAUAAAUUACCUGAAAUUAAUUAAUCUUCACAAUAAAAUCUUGAGCCAUCUUCAAACUCUAAUACAUUAUAGAAAAUUGAAUAGAUUCAAUCUUCCCCAACAAAAUCUUAAAGUAUAUCAAAAUUUUACUAUUUUUAGAUGAAAAAAAACCGAUUAAACAAACUAAAAAAAUAGAUCUAAGCAAAUCAUAAAAUUUAUAGCCUCCAAAUCCAUAAGUACUAUUUGAACUUAAUUAAAUUAUUUAAAGAUAGAAUUAAGAAAUUAUGAGAGUCUUUAUGGAAGAAUAAGCAAAUGAAAAUCGAAGAGAUUAAAAGAUAAAGAUUUGCAAACCUGAAGUUAGAGCAAAAAUGGAAAAAAUAUAUAGUCUAGAAAGAUAAAAGGCUUAAUAAAGAAUAUAAAAAUUAUAAGAAUAACAUUUUAAGGAAUAGUAAGAAUUUAAAUUAAUUCAUUUUUCUAAUUGA